CCCCCAGGUUCCUACAUAGCUCCGCCGCUGCCGGCGGCGUUUUCCUUACUAAGUUUGUGAGCUGCCUGCUGCUCCUCCGAGACCCUGACUCAACUCUGGAUGAGGUCGAGAUCAAGUAUGAUCAUCAUUUUGAAGACGACCUUACUUGGAUAUCAACAUGGAUCCAUCAUGCUUUGUCAUGCCAAACUCAGGUCCUCACUGUCAAGUUCCCUUUGCCGGUGUACGUGCCCCGCUAUUUGGAUGGCCCUCCUCUGGUCUCCCGGUAUUUAAGAAGAUUAGAGAUUUCUAAAGGGAGGUUGAAGAGCAACUUCCUAAAUUUUUCAAGCUGUUCAACACUGGAGGAUCUAAAGAUAAAAGACUGUGACUUAGAUGCUAGUAGCAUCCUGUCCCAGUCUGUAAAGCAUCUGAGCAUCAAGGAUUGUUUUUUCAAGGAUGAUGUCCGGAUUAAUAUUUCUGUUCCAAAUCUUGUUUUGCUGCAACUCAAAUCAUGUGGAGGUAGAACCCCAUUUCUCGAAAGCAUGUUGUCAUUAGAAACCGCAGUUGUCAGUUCUGAAAUCUGGUCAGUGGAUUACUGUCAUAAAGGUUUUUUUGCUGGGGAGUGUUGUGGUACUUGUCUGGAUUGCUGUGGUAAUGAUGGCCUCAAGGGUGGUUGCGUACUUCUUGGAGGUCUGUCUCGUGCUAAAAACUUGGAGUUGAUAGCUCAUCCGGGAAUGUUUAUUUUCAAAAGGGAUUUGAGAUGGUGCCCUACAUUUAGUAAGUUAAAGACAUUGUUGCUGAACGAGUGGUGUGUGCAACCUGACCUCCGUGCACUAGUUUGUAUGCUUGAACAUUCGCCGGUUCUUGAGAAUCUGACACUUCAAUUGCAUAAGCAAGAAAAACCCACAUGUUCAGUGGAAGUGGAAGAAAAUGCUCGUUUGAUGGAGAAACCAGCGGCUAUUUCAGGAUACCUAAAGAUUAUCAAAGUCAAAUGUGAAGAGAUUGAUGGCAGAGUUUGCAAAGUUCUGAACUUUUUGAGUACAUUUGGCAUUGAAAUUACUAUCCAAAGGACCAAGGGAUAGUUGGAGAAAGUGAUUCGGUUUCAAGAGUUGGCAGGAGCUUUUGGGCCACCGAUGGAUGUACCAGCCAACCAUUGAGUUUCCAGAGGCGGCGAGGCGAGGAACUUUGGGCUGUCGAUGCAUGAGCAUUCAGGAAUGCAAGGCUUUGAAAAGCUCGCCGCUGUCUUUCUUCAAUGUGAACUCUUAUAAUUCGCAACUCGAGUCCAUUGAGAUGUCUAAACUGAUUACUCUGCUUAGUGUAAUAUACUAGUACUCGUAAUAUUAUUCACCGUAGAAUCGGGGAAGACGAACAUCAUCUUACUAUGCCUGGGCUAUUGCGAAUCGUGGU